AUGCCUCCAAGACGUGACAAUACUAACAACCAUCAGGUGGAUCAAAUGGCCCAAGCUAUGGCCAAUAUGGCAGCCGCUGUCACCGCUCAAACUGCUGCUAAGAACCUUCGAGAUUUGGAGAAGCGAGACAGAGAGAUAAGAGCCGCAGAAUCAAGAGGAUUAACCGAGUUUCGCCGCCAUGAUCCACCUAAAUUCCAAGGAGAUGUUACUCCCGAGAAGGCCGACUUAUGGUUACAAGAGAUUGAAAAGAUCUUUGAGGUAAUCAAUUGUCCUCCAGGGGCAAGGGUGUUGUACGCCACGUACCUUCUCUUAGGCGAUGCAGAGUAUUGGUGGAGAAGCACUAGAUUGAUGAUGGAGGGCGCACAUGAAGAAGUGAAUUGGGAAGCCUUUAAGACAAAGUUCCUAGACAAAUACUUUCCCAUAAGUGCGAGGACCAAAUUGGGAGACGAUUUUCUGAAACUUCGACAAGGGGGUAUGACUGUAGGAGAAUAUGCCGCCAAGUUUGAGACCUUAUCCAGAUAUUUUCGAUUCUUCAGGGAAGGAGAGGAUGAAGCCUACAUGUGUCACCGUUUCCAAGAAGGACUCAAGUACGAACUACAAGACUCAGUGGUACCCUUAGGGAUACAACGUUUUCAACCAUUGGUGGAGAAAUGCAGAGAGGUGGAGGAAAUGAAGAAUAAGGGGACAAAUCGCGGGGCGGUCCAGAACUCUGGAGGGCCUAAUCGUCAAAAUUUUCAGAAUUAA